AUGACCGAUAGAGACUUAAAUUCGAAUGAUCGUGAUAAUCUCGAAAAUUUCAUUGGCACAGUUCUAGUUGAGCCUCACGUUGACUGGCAACUCCUCAUUAAAAAUGGCAGCACUACGAACAAAUGGCUCGAAAAUGGAGCAUACACAGGAAUUUGUCAAAAGGAAUAUGUAAUCUACCAAAUACGAGAUGGAUUAGCGCCAGUAUUUAGUUUUUACUAUAUUUUGUCCGAGGGAAUAUUCUACAUUAAACUAUUUAGCACAUUGAAAAAUAUUCAUGCAUCCGAAGCUUCAAAUAAUAACAUUUUACGUUCUCGCACUUACCAAACAAUCCUCUUCACAUUGGAUCUGAGCAUCUUGCUAGCGAUGAGCAUCUACCGAAUGUUUUACCUUACGAGCAACGUGCCCAGUUACGUGUACGCGGAAUUGUUUAGCUCAGCGUUGACGAAUUCGAUUCCGCCGAGAAAUCAAGGUUCGACAGCUCAUUGCGACCUCAACAAAAAGCCAUCGAUAAUAGGCGGCAUUAAUACAGAUCAAAAGAAUGAUAUUGUAAGCGAUGAUGAUAAAUUAAAUAAUGAUCAUAACAGAAAAAAUUUAAUCAGUGCUCUUCGGACUACGGCACGUAAAUUUAUUGCAAGGGAACGUCGAAAUGCCAAAGAAAAAAGUCGAGUUUCUUUUCAGGAAUUCUUAUUAAGUACUACUUCGAGCCUUUGUACAUGUAGUAGAAGACCUCAUCUUUGA